AUGUCUUCCCCGGUCACGAACUCGGCAGCUCAGAAGUUUUCGCAGAAGGUCUUCAGCAAGGAGACCCUCAAGUACGUCUUCACGACCCACUUCUGGGGCCCUGUCUCGAACUUCGGGAUUCCGAUUGCUGCGAUCCUUGACCUCAAGAACAAGCCGGAAGAGACGAUUUCGGGUCCGAUGACUGCGGCCUUGGUUGUGUACUCCGCCGUGUUCAUGCGGUACUCUCUCGCCGUCACCCCGCAGAACUACUUGCUUUUCGGGUGCCACGUGGUGAACGAGAUUGCACAGCUCGGCCAAGGUGCCAGGUUCAUCCACUACAACUACUUAUCUUCCCGUCCUGCUGCCGUCGAGGAGAAAAAAUAA